GUACAGGGAGUAUUUGCACCAGGCCGUCUCUGUUGGCAACAGCGCGCGCUCCACCCUGGUGUGGCUGGGGGCAGCCCCAGAUGACGCGUCACUGCUGGACACCAGGGGCUACGAGGACCUGCUGCACUACAGCUGCAUCACCGGCGGCGCGGACGCCGCGAUCUGCAUCCGCGACGCCGCGGAGUGCAUGGUGCCCAAGUCGGGGCUCUGCGUGCUUUUCAGGGUGGCCAACGAGGUCAGCGAAGCGCAUGAGCACCAGGCUGCUUGCCAGCUCGUCUUGGCCAACUUGGCAAGCGAGUUCAAGCCUGUCACCAUCCUGACUGAUUUGGCAGAGCGCUGGCAGCUCUUUUGGCUGGACGACUCGACUGUGUGGCACACCCGGCUGGCCAGCCGCCGCGCAGCAAUCGCCGUCAUCCAGGGCUUUGUGGCAGCAGCGGAGGCCGCCUGGUCAUCAGCCACAUCAGCCACGUCAGCCACAACCGCCGUGCUGCCCCAGGUGGUGGCUGAUCGCAAGUCGACCUUCCUGGCCCAGCGCGUUGCUGGUGCUGUGAUGACAGAGGCCGACGCCCAGCUGCUGAGUCAGGCCGACCAGCUGCCGCCUGAAGAUGCACUGAAAGUGCGUGUCAGGGUCUUCUUGCGCCAGCUGUCCAUGCAGCCAGCGCUGUGCGGCUUUGCGCAUGGACCUGCUCCACCAUGA